AGGGAAAGAGGAGGGGGAAGAAAAAGCGGCGGCGGCGGCAGCAACAACAACACCGCCUCCGUCGCCCGUUUUCCCGAGCUGGGGAAUUGUAAGGAGCGCGAAGAGGCGGACUAGGCCUCGCUCGCCGCCUCCCUCAGGUCUUUGGUGAAAGUCAGGGCAUCUUCAGAUCUGUGGAUGAUCAACAACAGUUUUGCCAUUCACCUGAGCCAUGGCCUACCAGCUAUAUAGAAACACCACACUGGGAAACAGUCUUCAGGAGAGCCUGGAUGAACUCAUACAGUCUCAGCAGAUCACCCCCCAGCUUGCUCUUAAAGUACUUCUGCAGUUUGACAAAGCCAUCAAUUCUGCAUUGGCACAGCGGGUCAGAAACAGAGUCAAUUUCAGGGGUUCUCUGAACACGUACAGAUUUUGCGACAAUGUUUGGACGUUUGUACUGAACGACGUUGAGUUCAGAGAGGUCACUGAGCUUGUGAAAGUGGAUAAAGUGAAAAUAGUAGCCUGUGACGGGAAAAAUACUGGUACCAAUGCUGCAGAGUGAAGAGGAAGAGGCACCUCCGUGCCAGCAUUGUCUUUAAGGGGCUGCCCUUCCUGGAGAGGAGCAUGGCCAGAGACUGUGUCGAUUACUAUUUUAAUGAUGCAGACAUGAGUAAUCCAUGCUGGAAUGCAUUGUGGAACUGUUGGCAAGAUCUCUGUAGAGCAUCUUUUGAGUUCACCGCCUGGGGGGGCAUGAAGACAAAGAAUCUUGCUUUUUUUUAAAGAGAAACAAUAAGGAUGAAACACAGUUGCUUUUUUGGUUCAUCAACGUAGCUUCAAUAAACCUUUUAUUUAAAACUUUUAAA